UUACCUGAGGUUUUUUCUUUCUUCUAUUCUCAGGAUAGCUCUGGUCGAGUGCUGGACAAGUGGUGUGUGGCUACCAGAGAGGAAGAGCUGGUCGUCCUUCAGCAGUUCCUGCGAUUUGGAGAGACGAAGGCCAUUGCCCAAGAAAUCAUUUUACAGGACACCAAAGACCGUCAUGACGUCCUGGUCAAGCAAACGUCCCGCGCCGAAUCUGACAUCAAAAAGUUCAUUGAGCGAAGCAACAUGUCCAUGCAAAACUACAUCAAAUCUUACGAAUCAACUCGCCAGCUCUUUGGGCCGAGAACUGUCCCGUUCAUACCAUCAGGCACACGAGUGAUGACCACGCCUCUCAUCUCCCCUAACUAUUCCCCGACUCGUGAAACGCGCGCUCUGUCCCUGCCUCAGACUCCGACAACCACCUCCACGCCGAUGACAACACAGCCUCUCAACCGCCUUCAGGUGUUGCAACCAUUUGACGCUCGUCUUGAGCAGACCAGCCCAGCUGCUGGAAGUAGCCUCAGUCCAGGAACAGUCGAGAAAAAUGCUAUGAGAAAAUCUUCUCCCGUCUGCGACAGCCCCAAAAAUUUGAGUACUACUCCAACGCCAUCUGCUCCUACAACUGCAACGUCACCAUCACAUGUUCAACAACAGCAACAACAACAACAACAACUGUUGCUGCAUCAGCAGCAGCAACAACAACAACAGCAGCAGCAGCAGCAACAACAGCAACAACAACAGCAGCAGCAACAGCUCAGUCAGCAGACAGGGCAGGCUCCAGGGAUGGAUGAGGUGGACGGCGACCAGUACUUGUCCGGCUCUGAUGAAGAAGGAGAAGUUCUGGACUUUUCUAACAAAGACAACCCCGACUCCCCCUCCGACCCUGACAAAAAGAACAAACAACACAUGCGCAAGUCCUGCAACCCAAUUAAGCGGCAGUGGACCCCUUCAGCAAAUUUUGGUAGCACUUUCGUGGGUCCUAAUGGCAAGAAAAGAGUACUUUGUACUGCCUGCAACAAAACCUUCUGUGAUAAGGGAGCUCUAAAGAUUCACUACAGUGCGGUGCACCUGAAAGAGAUGCACAAGUGCACUGUGGAAGGCUGCAACAUGAUGUUUAGCUCUAGAAGGAGCCGGAACAGGCACAGCGCCAACCCCAACCCAAAGCUUCACAUGCCACAGAAAAGAAAAGAUGAGAUGGACCAACAAGAAGAAAUGGAUCUCUCAGCCUCCCCAGCAAAUGGAAAUGGCAUAGUCCACGCUAUAGUCCCCACCACAGCCCCACUCGUCCCCACUCCCGUGUCUGCUAUCACAGUCCCAGCAACCACCCUCCCAAUUCUCGAAGCUCCCCGAUUAGUCCGAACAGACCCCAACUUUUUUAUGGAAAUGUCGGCCCAGUUUCCUUUCUUGACCCCUCCAGAAAAGAGGAUAAAACUAGAAGAUGACCAGCCAACUGACUUGAGUAAGAUUUCAAAGACAAUUGCUACAGUAAUUGCUGCUGCUGCUACUGCCAAUGCAAGUAGCAGUGAAGAGGGACCAUGUGAUUUGAGCAAAAAAUUGGAGGUAGGUGAGAGGAAACUUGAGAUAGAUCUAGAUGCUCCGAGUAAUGACAAGGAAGAUCCACGGGUAGAAGACAUGGCUGAUGGGGACCAGGAAGAAGAGGGCACAAAAAACGAAAAUGGAAACAAAGGUGCUGGGAACCGACGGAAAAAUAAUGCCCCGAUAAGAUGUGCUCAAAAUGAAGAAAGCGUUGCCACAAGUGAUGAUAAUUCAGAUGACAAAGAUAGAAAACGACGAAACCUUCCUCUUGUGCCGAAAAAUGAGACCAACAGUUCUAGUUCUUGCAGUUCUAACGCUGAAGACAACAGCAAGACAAACUGCCCAUCGUCUAGUGGGAAUGUAGAUGGAAACCAGAGGAGUGUUAGUGAAGAGCAGAAAGGUGUGAAUGAGGAGGACCAAAAAUGGGAGGAAAAUGAGAACUUUUCUCAAGUCAGUAUGGACAAAAGAGGGGAUGGGAAUGAGGCCAAAAAUUUCCCCAAGAUUGCCUCUUUGCUUUGUUCGAGUGGGGCAGGUAUGGAGUCGGAAGUUGAGGGGGAAAUGAACGAAGACGAUGCUGCUUUCCCCGUAGAAAAAGAAAACGGAUCUCAAGAAGAUGAGGAUCAAGAUGGAGAAAACGUGUCUUUAUCAGGAGCAGACAGUCUGGAGGAGGGAGAGUGCUGCAUAGCGAGUGACAUUCUACAGGACUAUCCCCCAGAAGUCUAUGUGGACAAAGACAACCCACUGAAGUGUAAAAUUUGUGACAAAGUUUUCCAAAACAACUUUACCGUGAAAAUACAUUUUCAGAACGUGCACCUCAAAGUGAUGCACGGCUGCACAGUAGGAGGGUGUAAUGCGACGUUCCCCUCCAAAAGGAGUCGAGAUCGACACAGCGCUAAUCUGAAUCUUCACCGUCGCCUGCUAGCUGAGGAAAAUAAUGCAGACGAGGAGAUAGAUGACACAACAAGAGGGGACAUCCUCGCCAAAUUGUACGGCCACGACCUUGUGGGCAAUAAAUCUGGCACAGAGGGGGCUGACGAGGAGGCCACUGAAAAGGACACAAGUCCUCCAGUAGCUGUCGUUCACCUCAAUAACAAUGAUAAUAAUAGCAAUAAUAAUAAUAACAAUAUUGAAAAUAAGAUAGACAAGGACGACGAUGAUAAAAAGAUUGGCCCCCUGAAGGUUGAUAAACUUUUGAACAAAAAAGUAGAAAGUGAUCAAGGGAGAAAUGGCAUCAAACUGACCAUUCAGAACGGGUUUAACGGACAUGCGAGGAAGGCAGGAUCUGCAGGGUCAGAUGCAGUUUCAGAAGACAGCGAUGGGGAGGAAGGGGACGAAGCAAAAUCUGAGCUGUUUGCCAUUGAGCCAUUCAAGAUGACAUGCCACGUCUGCGGGGAUAAGUUCUCCAACCCGUUAGUUUUGCAAGAACACAUCAGCACAGUUCACUCGGAUCACCUCGGAGAAACUCCGGAUUUCUCAAUUGCCAGAUCCCUAGCGUCCAGAAAGGCACGGAGCAGGCAGAAGGUGGCACGUGUGGGGGUGGCCACUAGAAAGACCAGUAGCAGUGUUUGAGAAAUCCUCAUAAUUAUAUAAUAAUAUGUGAGACUUCAGGAUGACAACAGACGCUCGUCAAAAUAAUGAAAUCGAAGA